AUGGAAACAGACGAUUGCUAUGAAGUAUCUGACAAUGAUACAGAAAUAUUGGUUGUCGACAUUGAAAAAUUACCUCAUUUUUUGAACAUUGAUGAAACUCUGGAUGAUGAAGUGGAUGUUUUUAAUAUGACGUCCCUUAACAUGCUAAUGCUUUUAGGUAAAUCAGGGAAAAAAGACACAGAAGAUGACAACAUUCACAGGCUUUCUUUAGCCUAUGAAAGGCUGAGUACAAUGCCAAAAAUACUGAUACAAGAAUUGGGGAGUUUGAUCAAAAUUCUCGACAUAAGCAACAACGAAUUUCAGAAUUUGGAUUUUUUGAGCGAGUUUAAGGAGUUAACGUCUUUGAUUUGUGAUCACAAUAAAAUCACAGCGAAUACUGUGAUUCCGUAUUUGCCGAAGUUGGAAUUAUUGUGGAUGAAUCAUUGUAAGAUCACAGAAUUGUAUCCAUGGGCUCGAAAACUUCAACAAUCAUGUCCUAACCUAAAGUAUUUAUCGCUAAUGGGAAAUUCCAUGGCUCCUUCAUAUUUAAACGGUGGGAGUUUGUAUGAAUAUUUACAAUACAGAUUAUUUAUAAUAUCCCUUUUUCCUGAUCUAAAGCACCUUGAUGAUCGAGCUGUAACAGAAGAACAAAAACAAGAGGCUCAAAGAAUGUACCAAAAACCAUUUGUUGAAAGAUUAAUGCAAAAAACUCAAACAAAACUCCCAACAUACCUUAGAAAUGUAUCCGACAGAGUUUCAGAUUUUGUUUACACAGCCCCAUCGUCUUUCUCAAGACCAGAAAAAAACUGCAUAGUUUAAUUUUUAACAUUAUUAUUAUUAUUUAUUAAUUAUAACACGACGCAAUAUCAUAAUAAUAAAUAAA